AUGCCUAUGUCACCGGAAGUCCUCCCCAGAGAGAUAGGAAUGUUCGGCAAGGAGUUGUUAUCCCAUUCCCUAUUUCCAUUUCCGAUGGCGCAGCAGAAUCGGUUCACAUCGAGGCAAGCAUAUACCGGCUCUCUUCUUCCUUGUUUGUCUUGCACCGUCAGCUUUGCCACCCAUUACGGGGAGUUAAUUGUCCAUUAUGAAGCUGAGAGGACUAGCGUGGGUCCAGUUCUCCAGCAGUGUCAUGCGACUGGAGUGCGUGACUGGAUGCGCAAGGCAUGCGAGAGCCAAUGCGCUUUACGAUCCUCCAUCAGCAGUCGAGGAAUGCGCACUUCCUACCUGCGGCCCAUCGCUGCUCUUCCAUAUUCUUUUAACAGAACAUUCACAAAUAUAUUCUGCGAUAUGUCAGGAUAUAUAUGUUUGUUCAGCGUAAGUCAGAAUUCAGAAUCAGCGUAA